AUGCAUCACGUACGCAGAGCCAUCGACACCAACGCGGUAGUCGCCCGUCGUUUCGGCAACGAUUCGGCAUGGUACAAGGAGCGCAUCCCCUUUUUCGAGAGCAGCGAUGCCAAGCUGGACGAGAUCUUCUACUACCGACUCUCCCUCCUUCGUAGUCAUCAACGCAAUCUAGGCUCUCAACAUGGCUACGUCACUACCGAAUUCCUAAACGACGUUUCUUGGGCCUUGGCACCAUGGGGCACCCUCAACGACGCCACGGGCCAUCACAUCAACGAAGCUCGAUGGUUGUGGGACAAGACGUACGCCAAGGACUACAUCAACUUCAUGCUCACCACCGGUGGAGAUCGGCACUUUUCCGAUCACAUUUCCGACUCGGCUUGGGCCAUCGGUCUGGUCACUGGCGAUUUCAACGCUCAGUUGCCCAGAUUGGACGAUAUGAUCAGACUGUACAAUGCUUGGAACGAUCAUUACGAUACGAGCAAGGGAUUGUACUACAUUGAACCGCUGUACGAUGCUACAGAGUACACCAUCGCAAGCAUCGACGCUAGCGGCGGCAAGGACGGCUUCGGCGGCGGCACAUCCUUUAGACCUAGCAUUAACUCUUAUAUGUACGCAUCCGCCCGAGCCAUUUCCAACUUUGCCAAGCUUGCAGGUCGGAAUGAUGUGGUAGCUGAUUUCGACAAGCGAGCUUCGGAUCUCAAGACCCGAAUUCAAGCUGAUCUCUGGGACGACAAGAUGGUAGCUUUCCGUGAUCGUUUCCAAGUGACGAAUCAGUACGUCAAGUAUUGGGAUCCCAUUCGAGGACCAGGAGAGCUGGUGGGUUUCCUACCUUGGACCUUUGACGUGGCGGAUGAUGAUGCCAAGUACGCCGCCAGUUGGAAGGCUAUCCUCGAUCCCAAUAGGCUGGGCGGCAAGUACGGAAUCCGAACGGUGGAGCCGGCUUACCAGUACUACAUGAAGCAGUACAGGUACGACCAGCCUACGGGUAAACGCGAAUGUCAAUGGAACGGUCCUUCAUGGCCUUAUCAGACUACGCAGGCGUUGAAGGGUAUGGCCAAUCUGCUGGACCACUACAAGAACAAGGACGCGGUCACGAAUGCCGAUUACAAGCGUCUCUUGUCACAGUACGUCGACCAGCACUACAAUCCCGACACUGCGCGACCGGACAUCCAAGAGGAUUACGACCCAGACACGGGCAAGUACAUUGUCGGCCUGGACAGAUCUCACGAUUACUUUCAUUCUGGAUUUGUAGACUUGGUGCUUAGCGGUCUGGUGGGCGUCAAGCCUCGACAGGAUGCGACGUUGGAAGUGAACCCUCUGAAUCCAGCAUCGAGUCAAGGAGGACUAAAGUAUUUCCGAGCAGAGAGGAUCCCUUACCACGGACACAGCUUGACGGUGCAAUGGGACGAGGAUGGCGCUCAUUACGGUAACAAGGGAUUGCUUGUGGAGGUCGAUGGAAAGAGUGUAGGAUCUAGAGCAGAUGCGGGUCGAUUGACCGUCCCGCUGCCAUCCAGCAAGACCAGCUCUGCCACCUUCGACUCUUCUCGAUCCCCAUUGUCUCUGCGUCUAGCUACCAACAGCGCUUGGCCCAAAGUCAGCACCAGCUCCAAUGGCGUCGCCGGACCGGGCUUUGUAGGCGAUGCGGCUUACAACCAGUACCAAGCAGUGGGCGGACGGGAAAUCGCCUUCUUUGGAGCUUCGGACAAUGCGUGGACGAGCACAUCCAGCGCCUCCUCGACGCAAGAAUUCUUCUCCAUCGAAUUCGAAAACGCUUCCACAUCCAUCCGAUCUGCUCAGCUCUUUUUCCAAGCUGGAAAAGGCGUCAAUGGGGACAAGAUCGCGUACGCUUUGCCAAUUAGCGGUAGCGCCAAAUUGCAAAGCUCGACGGAUGGAAAGAGUUGGACGGAUAUUCGAAGCAAUGCCUUUACGCUCGUCGCCAACGGACCGACCGAUAUCCAAUUCAACGCUCCCCUCACUACCAAAUUUGUCAGGCUUGUCGCGCAAAGGCCUGCGAAUGCUGCGCUGGCUCUUGCCCGCUUCAACGUGUACUGA